UAAAAUUCAAAAAAAAAUUCAUAUUAAAAUGACUUCUCUACCAAAUGCUCAUAUACUUAGCAUUUAUAUUCUUCUUAUUGUUUUCUUUUAUGAUAAUACAAAUGGAUUUAAUGCCGAAGAAGACAGACUUCGUUACAGCUUUUUAAAACUUCUUCCACUAUUAUUUUUGGCCUUUGCUGUUCAUUUUGGAAAUGACUCUAGUCAAUUAAAAAUAAAAGAAGACGAGAAUAAUUUAAUUACAACAGCAAAAAUAUCAGACAAAUUUUCAAAUAAAAAACAUUUUUUGUCUGCCGCACUUUUCUCCGCUGCUCUUGGCGAUUUUCUAAUUAGUGCUUUACCUAAUCCUCAUUUGGCAUUUUCUGCUGGGGCUAUAGCUUUUGGGUUUUGUCACAUUUUUUAUAUGUUUGAAUAUUUUCCAAGAAUUAAAAGAAUUUUGUUAAAACUAGCAAUUCCUCUAUAUUUAUAUACCUUAACUAUUUGCUAUUAUUUUUUAUUACCUAAAAUUACCCAACAUCCAUUUGUUAUCUCUACAUUAAUUGCUUAUGCUGGAGUGUUAUCUACUGCAAUUAUUGCAAGCAGUUCUUUAGCUUUGGAAACGAGGAAAAUGAAGGACAUUCUUCGAAUUAUUGGCUAUAUUUUCUUCUUCAUUUCCGAUUCUUUACUACUUUUAGAAUAUGCUGGAAUAGAGCCAGCUAAUGAAAUUAUUGUUCUCUCAACUUAUUAUUUAUCUCAAUAUGCAAUUAUGGAAAGUUCUUUAGUUGUUGGAUGUGAAAUUUGA